AAAAAAAGCUAACACGUUGGCACGGUGUAAAACCGUGUCUCCCUUUUCUCCUGCUUCUAGGUGUCUCUCAUUCAUUGUACACGUGUCGACUAAGUAUAGGCGAUUCAAAUUCAUCAAACGCUUAAAUCACGCAUAUUGAAUCAAAUUCUCAACCACCUGACUAUAAUAACUUAGUCAAACAACGCCCAUAGUUGCAGAGAGAGAGAGAAAUUUCCGCUAAGCGACUACUUCUCAGGCCAUUCCGUUUAAAAUUCUCCUGAAAGCCGACAUUAACUCCGUUCGGUCUCCGGAAGAUCGCAACCCCAUGCCGGAGAUCGAACAUGUACCGACCGCCGCCGCCACAACGAGAAUGGACAACAGCAACGGUUUGUUCGGCAAGUAUGAGCUCGGGAAACUCCUCGGCUGCGGCGCCUUCGCCAAGGUGUACCACGCCAGGAACAUAGCCACCGGCCAGAGCGUCGCCGUCAAGGUUAUCAACAAGAAUAAGAUUGCCGGCACCAAUUUGAUGUCUAAUGUCAAACGCGAGAUCUCCAUCAUGAGCCGGUUGCGCCACCCCCACAUCGUCAAGCUCUUCGAGGUACUCGCCACCAAGACCAAGAUAUACUUCGUAAUGGAGUUUGUAAAAGGCGGCGAGCUCUUCGCUAAAGUCGCCAAGGGGCGCUUCAGCGAAGAUCUCAGCCGUAAAUAUUUUCAGCAAUUGAUUUCUGCCGUCGGGUACUGCCACUCCCGCGGCGUCUUCCACCGCGACUUGAAGCCAGAAAACCUUCUCCUCGACGAGAACGGUGACUUAAAGGUGUCCGACUUCGGGCUCAGCGCCGUGACGGACCAAGUCCGCCACGACGGCUUGUUGCACACGCUCUGCGGCACGCCUGCUUACGUGGCCCCCGAGAUUCUCGCGAAGAAAGGGUACGAUGGGGCGAAGGUGGACGUGUGGUCAUGCGGAGUCAUCCUGUUUGUUUUGACGGCUGGUUAUUUGCCCUUCAACGACCCCAAUCUUAUGAUGAUGUACAAGAAGAUCUACAAAGGAGAAUUCCGGUGUCCCAAAUGGAUGUCGUCUGAUCUCAAACGGUUCCUCUCUCGUCUCCUGGAUACGAAUCCCGCGACGAGAAUAACUGUUGAUGAGAUUAUACGGCACCCAUGGUUCAAAAAGAACUACAAAGAGAUUAACUUUUACGAGGAAGAAUUAUUCGAUGAAAAGAUCGAGAAAGAAGACGGGUGUGAUGGGACACUAAACGCGUUUGACCUGAUAUCGUUCUCGUCCGGGUUGAAUCUGUCCGGGCUCUUCGAUAACUCGGCCGACGCGGUCGACAACGAGCGGCUCGUGUUGGCCGAGUCGCCCGAGAGAGUCAUCGAGAAAGUUGAGAAUAUUGUGAAGGUUGGGAACGUUGGUAGGUUGAAGAGGAAGAAGGAAUGGGGGUUGGAGUUGGAAGGGCUGAAUGGUAAUUUGGUGAUGGCCUUGGAGGUUUACCGGUUGACUGACGAUUUGGUAGUUGUGGAGAUUAGGUGGAAAGCGGGGAGUGCCGGUUUGUACAACGAGGUGUGGACGAAUAAAAUCAAGCCGGAGCUCAUUUCCUCACCGGGAGCCCCGGUUCCCGGUAGCUGAUAUAAUUUAUGUGGCCAGCAUAUAUGAUUGCUACUUGUAUCAUUUUCCCUUAAAUUAUGUGUUUUAAUGAGUGGGUAUCAUUUUCCCUUAAA